AUGAAGAAGAAACCCUCCGGUGGAGGCGAAGCUGUCGUCGCUAGUGGUGGAGGAGGGGGGUCGAGGGGGAUCCUGGGCCCGGGAAAGGCGCCGGGGCUUGGUAGCCUAAGCUGCGGGAGCGGAGGAGGGUUUUGGACGAGCUGGUCGGAGGCGGCUGCGCCGGCGGCGAAGGAGGCGGGUACGGCCGCCGGCGGGGGAAAGAGAGCGCAGGUGUGGGGCUGGCCGGAGCCCGAAGCGAAAAGGGCGAGGCCUCGCGGCGACGGGGAAGGAGACGCGGGUGGCGACGAGGAGGAGGAGGUGGUGGCGUACGAGUGGAGGUGGACGGAGGCGGUGAGCCCGGAGAUCCUGGCGCUGGUGCUCCGCGGGCGUGUCGCCGCGGACGACGUGGCGCGGGGCGCGGCGCAGGUUUGCAGGGCGUGGACGCAGGCCGUGGCGUCGCCGGACAUGUGGGGGGACGUGGACAUCGAGGCCUGGUGUCGCCGCGUCAACUGCCGCGCCAGGGCCGACGCCGCCGUGCGCCGACUCGUCGCCCGUGCGCAGGGCACGCUUCGGAGGCUCUCUGCCUACCGCGUUGGGGACCCUUGGGGUAAGUUGCUCAAUGUCCUCCAGAUCCCAAUGCGCGAGAUCACUGAUCAGCCGUGGAGAAGCAUGCAGAAUGCCUUCCUGUACUUAAUGUGCUGGACAUCACUGAAGAGGAACAUGCCCCCUCCAGACCUUCCUCAGGGUUUCAACACAGCAGCUAAUAAGGUGGUUGAAGAAGAGGCACUGGCAGUCGCGAACACCAUGCCAAUGCUAGAACAACUUGAGCUUGCCUAUGGCCUGUUCAGUGACCUUGGGCUCAACGCCAUUCUUACCAAGUGUCAGCUGCUGCGGACCCUGGACAUACUUGGCUGCUGGAACGUCCGGCUUGAAGGCGACAUCGAGGAGAGGUGCUGCGCGCUCCAGUCAUUCAGGGAGCCAUGGGAGCCUGAGUACGGUACCGACUCAAGCAGUGGCGGUGACUACGAGGUCGAUGAUGCUGAUAGUGAUGAUUGA